AUGCGCUUCUGGUGGCCGGAUUGGCAGCCUCGGGAACACUCUCUAUCUAGCGAAAGUGAGUGCUCCACGGACAGCCACUCCAGUCUCGCCAGCGAUGCGUCUUUCUAUGACGCGUCGCCUGAUGACGAAACUGGAGUGGGACACGACGAAAUGCCCCCUCUCCCAGAUGACACGCAACUGGUCACUGGGGAAGAGGCGGGGCAGUCUGAUUUAAGACUGUUCCCAGAAAGUUCGUCACCCUUCGUUGCGGAACGGAUGGGACGAAACUGCCUGGGAACGGUCGCCGUCGGACAAGGGGUAGGGGUACACACCGGUACCUCCAAUAAUUCCCUUCCGGGGCCCCAAAAUGGGCCCCGAGUGCGUCUACGCGCGCCAUCGCCUCGCGGCGAUGACGCGGAGUUAGGCGUCGCAACUUCGGGCACGGGUUCGGAUCCCGCAUCGCCCAGUGCCUACCAAGUUUCCGCGCGCGCAGAGGUCUCUGUCGCGCGCGAGGCCCCCCGGUCUCCGGCCCCAAUUUUGGGUGUCAUCAUUGACCGGGAAGAGGCCCGGCGACCCCCCGUUGGUACCAGCGAAGGUACCUUCGGCAAUAUACUUGGUUUAAGUAUAGGGGUCGCCGAAAUUCACGACACCAUUCAAGACAACGCUCAAGACUCCUCGGGCCAAGAUGGCAUCGUCUCCGUUGGCUUUGCAGAGGCCACGAGACCGCCUCCCGCCUCCUCCGCGCGCCGUUUGGCUUCGCCAGCGUCUCUGCUUGCCCGUUCGCCGACCGCAAACGCCCUAGUGGCCGCGAAUGUUGAUUUCCCACCCGGCAGGGCGGGUGGCAUGCUGCCGGCUUUGGUAGCGGGCCAAGACAUGCAGGAUCUACAGAGCGACGGCUCCCCGGGUGCUUGCAGGCAGCCACCGGGUUCUACGACGUGCACCAGGGACAGCACACCGACACCGAGCGCUCUCCCAGACGUGGGAGCGGCCCACGACACUACGAUUGAUGCUGCUGGGCCCGGCAGGGCGGCAAGCAUGCUGCCCGACCGGGUCCAGCACGGACCACUUCAGAGCAUCGGCUCCCCGGGUGCCAACAGGCUGUACCCGGGUUCACGGAAAGACGAGACGGCUCCCCGCGCCCUCCCACCCGCCCACGAUGCCCCCGUCGCCGCCCAGGACCCCGCGCAUGUUGCUGCUAGACCCGGCAGGGCGGCAGAAAUGCUGCCCGACCGGGGUACCGAUGGGCUCGCGCUUGCAGUCUUUACUGCUCGUGCCCUAGGUGCCACCCGUGGCCCUGGAGACCCGGAGGACGACGGCAGCAGCGACCGCGAGGUCUCGGACGGCGACGACGACGCUAUUACCGCCGCAAGUGAUGACGACCGGCUCGGCCAGGUAGCUACAGAGCAGCCUGCCCGAUCUGGCUACACUGCAGUGGCCGCGGCCGCUCCCGCGGGUAUGCACGCUACCAUCAGCGAGGCCGUGUCCACUGCAGCAAUUGUUUAUGAUGUUGUUGAUGUCUCACGUACCUGUGACGACCGGCUCGGCUGGCAGACACCCAUACUGCCCGACCGAGCUGGGUGCGACGCUCCGAUGGCUUGCGGCGACGAGUUGUCUGCUGGGCCCUGCCCCCAUAACGAUGACUGCACACCCGGCAGGGCUGGUACCAUGCUGCGUGCGGGUGCUGCACAGGCUCCUGCCACGACCGCUGCCGUCCCUAUGGAGGUUGACCAGUGCGCGACGUGGCAGGCAGCCAGCCAUGUACCGGGAUCGCCGCCUCUCGUGCUCCGCCUCUGCGGCAAGCGUCGCCGCUUGAGCGAUGACGCCGACGACGACCCGCGCGAGCAAGCCGAGCAACUGCUGCUCGAGGACGUUGAGGCCGGCCCCAAGCACUCAGCGCUUUGGCCAUCCACGGCCAGCGCACUUCCGGCCUCCGUCCUGGCCGUGUAUGGCCACAACGCCAGCGCUUCACGUGCACGCUGUGUACAUACACGGCCUCAAGCUUUGCUUCGCUCAAGCGACACAGGGACUCACGGCACCGACGUAUCUCCUUCCUCGACCGCUUCUCGGCAGGUUGUGCGUGCGGCACGCCUUUCGUAUCGAGGCUGGCAGCUGCAAACCACGCUCGCGCGUGUGCCAGCCUCCGCGACACUUCGGCUGCGACCGCAUCAGCAGCCGGGGACCUCAGCCCCACUGCUGUCGAGCACCACUCAUGACAGGUCAACAGAGUCAAGAUGGAGCCCCCCGCUCCCAAGGCAGCUGGUUGCUUAUCGCGUUGCGUCCCGCCUCUCCGAGGUUCCCGCCUCACGUUGGGGUCCACCACUGCCUCGCAGCGUGGUGGUGUCAAGGAUUGCCGACCGUCUCCUCCCGCUAGAGUUAACGGAGGAGGAGGAGACCAAGGCUGGUGACAGCGACGACGAGGACGUCAACGACGACCCAGACAUGGACGGCGAGUAG